UUGCACACGCAGCAAGAAAUGUUUCACCGAUUGAGAAAUGUUUGUCUCGGAAGCCCCCUUGGUUCCCACAGGUUAUACAUGGACGUCAAAAGUCAGAAGGUAGCAAGAACAUAUUGCUAUAUCAAGAGAACUGAUAUCAACUAUUUGGACGUUGGACGGAACCUCCUUGCCUAGAUAUCGUGGUGAAUCCCCAUUCUCGCAGACAAAAGGCUGUCUUGUAAAACAUUGGCAAUGUUGUGACAAACGAGGACGUAAACACCCAUGUUGCUCAAAAUGUGGCAGUGCAGGACAAGGGAGGGUUUUUGUCUGUUCAAUUCUCAAUUUAGUUCGUACAUCGAAAACAGUCACCAGGUUGGAAGACUCUAAUGUGUUUUCAUGCACCUGCCCCAGCACCGGGGCCCUGUGUUUUCUACCGACCGCUGCAAGGGUAGCAUCGACAUUAUGGAUUCCUGUUGGAAAGGGAUUCUGUGUUGCUUGCUUCUAGAGGUAAGCUUGUUUGGUGUGCUUGGUUUGUCGUUAAAUUUCUCUAACGGUACCCACGUCUGUGUACUGGACAUAGAGCGUUUCAAUGAAGAACAGGAACAGUGCCUGAUCGCGAACAGUUCGUUUGUGUUUGCCAUCGACGUUUCUGUGAACCGCUUACUUUGGGCUGAAUUCGACUCUGGUAUGAUUUUUCGUGGGAGCACUGCCGGUGUGAACUCCACAGAAACAGUUGCUGAAGGAUUCAAGACUUACGGUAUUUCGUACGACGCACAGUUUGGCAGCUUGUUCCUUACCGACGACAAGAAUAACCGAGUGACAGUAGCAGACGUGUCGACCGGUAAAACAAGCGUACUAGCCUUCUCUGGCGUGGAAGAACCCCGCGGAAUCGCCCUGCACAAGCGCCUUGGAUAUGUGUUCUGGACACAAUGGGGCCAGUACCCAGCGGUGGAACAAGUAACUACAGUCGGCACUAGCCGCACCACGAUUGUCGGCACGGACAUCAUCCUGCCGACUGGAAUCUCGGUAGAUGAAACCAAAGACAAAAUAUACUGGGUAGAUGGAGCAAAGGGUACAGUCGAGUCCUGCCUAGUGACAGGAGAAGACAGACACAUUAUCUAUGAGAGUGCUGGGUCUCAGCCACUUGACAUUGUGGCCUACAAAGGAUGGCUCUUCUUCUCCGAGGCAGGAAGGAUUGUACAACUGAACAUUACGACUCGGCAGGCGGUAACACGACACAUCGGCGGCACGGCGUACAGUCUUGCGGUGGACUCCAGUGACGAUGCUUCGAAAAAUCGUUCAGCUGGAAUGUGUCCUGAUUGCAGCGGACUUUGUGUGAGGCAGUUUGAGACGACGGCAACGUGCAUCUGUGAAGCAGGAAAGACAUUUCAGGAGGAUAAAAACAUCUGCGUUGAGGGUGGAGAUGUUCUUUUGAUUGCUGACGACUCGAGACUCCUUUCUGCGUCGUUGGAUAGUUCCUCUCCAUUUGUCGAUUUGCCAAUACCCGGUCUGGAGUCUCCCGUGGCUGUUGCUUACAACCCCAAGGACGCACAUCUGUACUGGACAGACCCAGGAGCAGGAACCAUCUGCCAAUAUAGUUUCAGUAGCGAUGAGUUCACAGUGCUGGUGACAGAUAUAGAUACACCAGAUGGAUUAGCUGUAGACGGGGCUUCGUCCAACAUCUACUGGACCGAUGCGGGACGGAGAGUGAUAGAAGUCAGUAAGUUGGACGGAUCAGACCGUAAAGCUCUCAUCACCACGGGGCUACGGGAACCAAGGGCUAUCGUGGUCCAGGCAUCAAUAGGAUUUAUGUUCUGGACGGACUGGGGCAAACCUGCGGCCAUAGAACGUGCCGCCAUGGAUGGAACGGAUCGCCGGGUCAUCGUGUCAACAGACCUGGUGUGGCCUAACGGUCUCGCCAUUGACCUCAGCAACAGCCACCUCUACUGGACAGACGCUUACCUGAACAAGAUUGAGGAGGCGAACCUGGAUGGGCAUGAAAGACGAGUUGUGUACGGCGACAGGUAUGUCUGGCACCCAUUUGAUAUCGCCCUAGCUGGAAACAGCUUGUACUGGUCUGACUGGUGGACAAAGACCAUUUUAAAAGGGACCAUUAGUGGCCUCGACCGACCGACAGCAUUCGGUGGAGGAGGGCUAAAGAAACCGAUGGGUAUUGCAAUUCGACGAGUCAACCAACGGACAGGAGACAGUCUCUGUACCCAGAACAAUGGCGGGUGUAGCAACCUCUGUCUGCCGACCCCCUCUGGCAGGACCUGUGAUUGUCCAACGGGAACGAUUAUUUCAUCUAAUGAUGCAACUACAUGUGAAGGAGUUACCAGGUGUCCGUCUCUGUUAGCGCCUGAACACGGUAGCAUCAGCUCCUGUCUUAACGUAGAAGGGCACAACUGUGACUUCCAAUGUCAAAUGGGGUACAGUCUAAUCGGGUCAGCUCGACUUACCUGCCAACAUGAUGGAGACUGGGACUUCGAAGCACCGAUGUGCGAAAGGACACUAUGCCCAACACCACCUACGGAAGCGGGUCAGCAAGUUACCUGUGCUACCGCUGGUACACACUACUAUGGCACGAGAUGCACCGUGUCGUGUCAGCUAGGGUAUCGGCCUUCUGAGAAAGAGCAGGACAUAGUCUGUCAAUCAGACGGCAGUUGGACUACGUCAAACCUUCAUUGCACAAUGGUGACUUGCCCGCCUCUCACUGUCCCAAAUCAUGGAAGGAUUUCACCCAGCACCUGCACAACAUCCGCAACCUACGCUGAUGUCUGCGCCUUUUCCUGUGGAGAAGGUUACGUGGAGGAGGGCCCGACCUUUGCGACGUGUUUACCAACAGGAGAGUGGGAUGCAAACAUAACUCUGGUAACAUGUAGAGAUAUAGCGCCUCCAGACUUUAACAACACCUGUACAACCGAAGACGUGGUCGUGACCGCUCCCUACGGGACGGCGGCAGCAGUUGUGGACCUGACCGAGCUCGGCAUUACAGCUAUUGACAACUCUGGGGAAACGCUUGACAUGUCCGUCUCCGGCCAGAUGGAUGAAUAUCCUCCUGGAACUCACUACGUCACGUUUUCAGCGACGGAUGGGCAGGGAAACGUGGGGCAAUGCCAGAUCCGUAUUGUUGUAAAAGUGAAAAUGUGCGCUGCUCCAACACCACCUGACCAUGGCACUGUGUCGGAGACGUGUGAAACCCACUGGGGGAGCAGCUGUGACGUGGUAUGUGAUCAUGGGUACAUGGUCGCACGGACAACGUCAACAGUUAUGACCUGCGAAGUUCGAGAUGGCGUCUUAUCCUGGAUGGGCAACGCCUCAUGUGUUGAGGUAACCUGCCCACCUUUGACCAUGGAUGAGGCUGCCGGUAUCUCGUAUCCUGACUGCCGGACGGGAGAAGAACAGCCAGUAGGGACGGUCUGUGCGCUCGCCUGUGACAGCGAACAUCACAUCGCCGCUCCCGGGUCUGUACACAGGAUGGCAUGCCUGCCAUCUGGGACAUGGGAUAGGAACUUUACCUGUAUUGGUCCUACGUGUACCGGCCUGAUGCCGCCAGUUGAUGGACAUGUCAGCCCAGCUUCCUGCACCAACACUAGCAGAUUUAGGGAGGUUUGCGAGUUUAAGUGCCAGGAGGGUUAUCACCUGAAUGAGUCCUCCAGAGUUACGUGUACGGCUGAUGGCACCUGGAUGCCAGAUGUGAGCCCCGGCUGCUUUGAUGUGGCUGCACCAACGUUAGGAGAGACGUGUCCAGAGGAGACCAUACGGGUUAUCCAAGACCCUUGCACCGGCCAAGCCACUGCCUCAUGGACAGCGCCAACCUUCCUGGACAACAGCGGAUCUGUGACGGUGGAAAAACCUGUGGUCUCGUCACCCACUACAUUUCCUGUUGGAGAACACCAACUUCGGUACAAGGCGACGGACCCUUCUGGCAACACAAUGGAGUGCGUCAUUAAUGUCGAAGUUCAAGGAGUAUCCUGUGUCCCGCCAAGCAGUCCCCCAAAUGGGGUUUUGUUGAGACUCAGCUGCGGUAACCAGCUGGGUUCAGCGGCGGUGUACAACUGCCACGAAGGGUACAGUAUAGUGGGCUCGUCUGUCAGAGAGUGCCAGGCAGACGGGAGAUGGAGCGGGGAACAAACACGAUGUGAGGUGAAGACCUGUCCACCACUCCGACUACCCGACCAUGGAGAGUUCCAGCCGCCUGCAUGUACAGAAGGUGCCGUGUUCUUCAACACACAGUGUAGCCUGACGUGUGACUGGGCAUUCGAACUGCGUGGGGCGGAGGGUUCUUCAACGUUGUGUCGUUCCGAUGGGGAAUGGUCUCUUGACAUGGCAAACGUAACCUGUGAAGAAGUACCACCUCCUGACUUCGGCUCUACGUGCCCAGCAGAUAUGACCUUACCAACUGAUGCUGGAAAAUCUACCGCUAAUGUGGCAUGGGCCGUGCCAGAAGCUGUAGAUGGGCACCGCGCUACAUUGAUCGUGGAUGUUAGCCCUGCUGGUACAGUUCCACCACGGGAGUUUACGCCUGGGGUCCACACAAUACGCUACAACACAAGGGACUACUUUGGUAGGACAGCGGGGUGCAGCUUUACUGUGACUGUUGAAGACAAUGAACUCCCCAUUGCCACAUACUGCCCACAGUCAACAACUAUCUACGAUGCAGAAGGAACACUGACGUACAGCAGACCAAUCUGGGAGGAUAACGUAGCUGUGGUGUCGCAGACAUGUGAUCCUGAACCCAACACCAACCAUGACUUCAGCGAAAAAACAGUCACAUGUAAAGCAUACGAUGCUGCAGGGAAUGAAGGAGAGUGCUUGUUUACAAUCAACAUUCAAGGUAACCCAUGCCUUCCACUUGACGCUCCUGACAAAGGAGCUGUUUCGUGUGACAACUUCCUGUCAGGAACCACGUGUUCGCUGUUCUGCCAGGAUGGGCACUCAUUCGCCACGCCGCCAAACGAUGUCUACAUUUGCCGAGAUGGAGGGCACUGGGCUCCGCCACCGCCUAGAAAUUUGAAGUGUUCAAGCGCAAAAUACAGUAGAGAGGUCAGAAGUCAUGGUCACCUGACGUUUUACCACUUCAGCGGAGAUUGUGAUUCGGUAGACACCCAAAAUGAAAUUAAGGAAAAAUUCGUGGGCAAUCUAAUGGACUCAGUUGUUGGUGCGAGUAUUUGUGCUUCAGGCUUAUGUACCAUCGAUAACGUUAACGUCAUUUGUGGACAGGACAGACGUAAAAGGCAGGCGGAAGAUAGGGUGAAACGAUUAGAAAGAGGCGUAUUUGAUAGUAGCUUCAAUGUUGAAUUUACCAUUAUUGUGAGCUUGAACAAAACAAACGAAAACACCACACAUGAGAAGUUCGAUCAAGUCUCUUUCCUGACCGAAAGCGUAGAUACACUAUCAGAGUUGGUUCAGGAUGUGGUAGAGUCAGGUAACUUCACUCUCCGUGUGUGGUGGGACGUCGUACAGGCGGAUUCACUACAGAUGGAACCUGCGGAGGCCACGUGCGACGUUGGCUACGUUAAGAGGGGGAACGGCACAUGCGUUGCCUGUCCCGUGGGAUCACUAUUCAACACCACAACACUGCAAUGUGAGGAGUGUGAAGUAGGGGCCUACCAGAACAGGGAGGCCCAGACGAAAUGCCUCCCGUGUCCGAACAAGCAGACAACAACUGGAACAGGUGCCCACCAAGUCUCGAUGUGUCUAGGUGGUGAGUAUGGGGAUAGUGCCGUCACCAUUGCCGUAUUGGGAGCAUUAUUUACUUUCUUCGCCAUCGCUGUGCCGUUUUUGUGGUGCAUACCAACAAGGAGUCACCAGAACAAAGUGAUGGAUAGUAGAACAGACAUCUCACUCACUCAUUUUGGAUAAGGCUAGUUUUCAAGGAUUCUACAACACGCUUUUAGCAUACUUAAGCAAUAGUUUUGUGAAAUAGGUACAAUACUCAUGCGGAAUGCUAAAAGAGAAGUCGAGUAAUCAUCACUCAACCCUAAGGGUAAUGCGGCAUCUUUUUAUACCCUAAUACUGGCCCCCUUGUAAGACGCGCAGUUGCUUCAGUCUGAAAAAUGCAUACAACUGCACUAUAUAAUAUAUAGAUUUACCUAGCACACAAAGAUUCCAACUGAGAAUUUUCCCUUUACCGUGUCUCUGUUCAUAUUACAUGUAACCUGGCGUUUGACAAAAAAGCAUAUUAGUCGGCAUUUCGAAUGUAAAGUGUGUCUUCUGUUUUUCAUCCAGAUGUUUCGCUUUGGAAAAAUUUUUUAACACAAAUAACCUAAUCUUUCAUAAAUUAAAGCAUGGCGAAUGCAUGUGCACUAGGUAUGGACAUGAAUAUUUAUUCGAGUGAUUAGAGCUCAAUGUUCCUUUCAUGAGCCCAGGACAACCAGCUAGGGGUGCAAAAUUUAUCUGUAAAGCAAACUUUUAUACUACUGAAGCGAUGUCGGAAAAGCGCUGUGAAAUGGUGAGUCCACGAGGGUGAUCACUGUUUGGAUACGUCUGUACCGGACUUAACAAGCAACAGAAUAAAAAUGGGUUUACGACUAAGCAGAUAGCAUCCACUUCUCAAAUCUGUACUGCGUAGCAAAUAUUGUUAAAUGUCGAUUUGUGUGCUACGGGAAAGAAUUUUCUGGUGAAAGGAGUAGGACCAUUCAAGCAUACACUUGCACGUACUGUCCUAUUAACAGUUGGCUAAGAUAAGCGUGCUGUUGUUGUUGUUUGUUGUUGAUGCAAAUAUAUAAUGUUGAUAAUGAAAAUAAAGAGUUUUUUAUUCAACCUACCAUACCUUGAUGACGUAGAUUUCUUAUAGAAGAUAACUUUUUUUGCCAGACUGCUUUAUUCUGACGUUCGAAUCAGUUUUUGGGGUCUUA